AUACGACCCAGGAGCCCCAAAGAAAACGGAAGCCAAUGUGGAGGACACAAAAUACGCAAGGGUAAUGCCCUUGUCCGCUUUUGUAUCAUUGACGAGACUAAAGCUAAAGUCCAGAUCAACUUCGCUGGGCGAUUUUUUUAUCAAAUAGGCAUUGGUGGCUUCAAAGUAGCGCUAUGCGUCAGUUACUUGCGCCUUGUAUCACGGACAACGCGAACCACUUAUGGAUUUAUAAUCUGGAUGGUCCUAGCAAUUACCAUCCUUGGACACUCUGCCAGUACUUUUGUCGUUCUUUUCAACUGCAAGCCAAUCAGUUUGUCCUGGGAUCCUACAGUUCCAGGGAAGUGCUUGCCGUCUGGACCAAUGAAUUACAGCAGAGCUGGCGUUGGUAUUGCGUGUGAUGUCAUUAUCAUGCUUUUGCCUAUCCCUCUUCUUUUAACCCUAAAUAUUGAGCGGCUUCAGAAAGUGGGCGCUAUAUGUUUAUUCCUUUUGGGCUUCUUCACGACACUUUGUUCGGUAUUGCGCCUUAUUCAAAUCCCAACUCUGGGGAAAGGAGACCCGACAAUGUUUGUAAUUUGGAGCACAGCCGAAUUUAAUGUUGGAAAUGUGGUAUGCAGUCUUCCAUAUCUGCUGCCAGUUUUAAAGACAUCCUUGCGAAAAUUUUGGUCAAGUAUUGGCAGAAGCAACUUCACUUUCGGGACUGAUAACUAUGAAUUGAGUCAGUCAACAGGGGACCCUCAAAAGCUGACUGAACCCUCAUCCAAUCCCUUGAGGAUCCGACAGACGCAAAGGGACUCAGAGUAUAAUAUUCAGAAGACCAUUCAUUUCGAAGUUUCUGUGGACAUUGCGUCAAGGACAACUUCAAACAUUGACAGAAAUAGUGGAGGUUCACCCGGCCAAACAAAGACAAACCACGAGAUAUCAUAG